UUCAUCUACUAGUUUUCAUAUUCUUUCACCACAAGAAACGCAAAAGACCUUCGUACCCUCCAAACCCCUGUGGGGACCACUCUCCACAAUUCCCGAGUUAUGCCAACCAAGGGGUAUUUAAGAGAAGAUGAAGUGACGCGGCAACACUCACUCACGGCUCAGUACCAAAGAAACAGUGGAAGACAUAUAUGCGUGGAAAUGUUGAGCAAAUAUCUAUCGCACAUCACAUCCAUGUUUUAUAGUCUCAUAUUGCUGCGAAAAGCCAAACUAGCGUUCCCAAAACGUACCCCAGAACGACGCCGUACAGGCGAAGCCGGUCUCAAAACCCUAUUUCACUCAGAAUUAAAAUCACCCACGAGAGUUGUUCAUCGCUGCACACCAGAAGAAGCCGUGGAAUCAGAACCGUCAUCACCAGCGCCUCCGACGAUAUCAAGGAUGUGGGGACCGGCCUCGUGGGCGUUCCGAACGACAUUAAUGGGAGACGUGAUCGGAACGGAGAGCGGGGACUGCAUGAUAACCUACGUAGAGGAAUGGAGGGUGGAACCUGACUCUCCGAUUGUGAUGAUGAGGUGCAGAGAGAGGAUUGAGAAAAGGAAGAGGCAGUUGCCACCGCCAUUAACGUUGAUGAGAGAAAUGGGAGAAAUGCCUUGGGCUUUCACGAGGGAAUGUAACGGUGACGGAAGGUUGAUAAUAACGGCGGAGAGAGUGAGCCGUGGUCACGAUGGCCACGAACACUGCAUUAUGGAAGUUCGAACUGAAGGUGAAAGAGUGACGAUGAGGUUGGUCCCUGAAGACGAUGAUUGCUGCGAAUUGUGUGGUUACCCUAUCGUCGACGACGACGACGGAGAGAUGCAAUUUAACGACGGGUUCGAGAUUGAAGAAAGUUUAAGGAAGAGUCUUGAGUUUGAGGAAGAGUUGGCAAAGAAAGUUUCGAGGGAAAGUGAGCGAUGCGGGGAUUUACGUGAUUGCGUCAGCCUCAAUUUUUAUGCUUCUGGGCCUGAUUGGUUGCUUCAGCCUCACCUUUCAGAUUCUUUCCCAGACAUUUAUUUGGGCCGACCCGCAUCUGCUCCAAUAAGGCCCAUGAUCCCUUCUAGACGUUUAUGUGGACAAUUUCUUUCUGGAGCUGCUGCAUUUGUUGAAAAACCAUGCGAAGCUGCGAAUCGUAGUUUGACCUUUGUUUAGAAAUUAUGCAGAUCUUUACAUUAAAGGGAACAUGACUAUUUAUUUA